UGAUGGAGCUCAGCUGAACUCCCCCAGCUCUAGAGAGUCUCACAGUGGUACGGAUCAUUCUUAUGGAUUAACAUGUCAGUGGAGUGUGCCAUACCAUCAGCACGGGUGGAUCUUUGGGUUCAACAGAUGAUGAUCAUGACAGUGAUGCAGCUGUAUCAAGUUACUGCCCUAUGAAAGAGAUGCUACCUCAUCACCAUGUUACUUCGACUGUAACACAACAUGACCAGUAUUUUGCUGAUGUUGCUGGUGACAGUCAUCAGAGCCCAGCGUGUGACCCCUGUCCCAUCAUGCCCUGCUUCCUGCGUAGUUUGUUCUGAAGAUGCCCUCAUCUGUCACAGACUGGCUCAUAUUAUUGAGGCUCCAGACACGACCCAGGCCCUGCUGCUAACAGAAGGUUCCAUCUCCACAGUUCAGCCUGCCUCCCUGUCUGACCUCAGCAACAUUACAGUCAUAGGUUUGAGUCAUAACCAUAUCUCAGUUCUGGGCGAACAGUCCUUCAGAAACCUGCUGUUCCUCCAUACCUUACUGCUGGACCACAACCUCCUGACCAGUCAGGCCCUACAGGGGGGAGCUCUGACCAAUCUAGCCCGGCUAGAAGUCCUUGCCCUUGGUCACAACCUCAUCAGCAUGGUCCAAGGUGGCUGGUUUAAAGGUAGCAAGGCCUUGCGGAGCCUGAAACUGGAGGGAAAUCUGCUCACCAGUUUGGACUCUGCUUCCUUCCCUCUGAAUGAUCUCGGAGAUCUGGAGAGUCUGGAUCUGUCAGAUAACCUGAUACAUCAUCUGCAUAGAACCAGCUUCAGUGGGUUGGCGAGCCUGCAGACUCUGGAUCUGUCCAGAAACCGUUUGAGUUCUGCUCCUGCCGAGGCUUUUUCCUACCUCAGCUGGCUGACAAACCUAAACCUGGACCUCAACUCAUGGAACUGCUCCUGUCAGCUGCUGGAACUGGCUGCCUUCCUGUCUACCUUCAUACAACAACCCGACAAGACCCUCUAUAAUGGUCGUAGGAUGGUGUGUGUGAGCGCUGACAACCCAGCAGUAACCACAGUGCUGGAGCUGACUGAGGCCAACUGUGUCCCAUCCAAUCAGAACAUCACAGUGCAGAUAGAGGCAAGAGGCAGCGUGACACCUCAACGGUAUGCUCAAGAUCUGGCCAUCACUGCAGUCAUCUGCUUCAUUGGUGGCAUUGGAGUGACCCUGCUGGUGGUCUUGAUCUACUAUCAAGUUUCGCGGAGGAAAAGACUGAAAGAAAAUGAAAGACGAAGUGAAGUGGAAGAGGGGAGCGGCACAGUGGUGAAUCACCACGUCAUUCACAUAGAUGUUAGUGAAAAGAGGAGGGACCUCUUCCUGCAAGCACUUAGAAGCCAGCCUUGGGACAGGGAAGCCAUGAUGUUGGAUAUGAGGACAGAUGGCCAUGGGGGCCAGUUUGGGUCCAGAACUGAUGAAAAUGGCCAUUUUAGGUGCCCAGACUGUAGCACCAAAGGACAGAGAGAGAUGAAUCCGAUGAGAUGGAACAACAGGAUGAACGGAGGGAUGGAGAUAGAGGAAAGAGAGAAGGGGAGAAUGAGGAUGAUGAAUGAGGAGGAAAGGAGGAGGCUAAGGACUCAGCAGGGAAUACUGAGCAGGGACAUUCCUAACAAGCUUCUUUCUCAUGGCAACACUAACUCUUCCUCUCAUCCACGGAAAGAAAUCUUCAGUCAAAGAACAGACACUCUGGCUGCUUAUAGGACAAACCGAGAAAUGGGUGAGAGCUACAGAACUGACAUGGAAGGCAAGAGCAUAGGACAUGAGACUCUACACUGCGAGAGCUGCCACAGGACAUACAGACCACCAGAGCAGAACACAAGACAAGGUAGGAUUCAUACCAACAUGAAAGACUCUGCUCUGUGUGAUGGCUUCCCUUCUCAGUACAGACCGAAUGACACAGGUAGGAAUAUUAACCGCAACCAGUUUGACAUGAUGAUAAACACAGAGUUGAGAAGAGAAACAAGAAACGUAACUUUUGACCUGGAGAGUUUAGGAACCCUAGAGCAAGGACGCAGUCAAGGCGAGGACAAGAGGGAGGAAAAGGCAAAGAGCUCCGGAGACAAGGAGAGAGGAAGAGUAAGAAAACACAAAGCUAAAGUCCAGUCAAGCCGGUUACUGAAGGUUAAACUAAACUUGAACCCGCUACGAAAAAGCAAAGUCCAUCCUAAAAGGAAAACUGAGCAGGGCCACUCAGAGAAAAGCAGCUCAAAGAAGAGUAAAGAUAAAAGGCAGGAUGGACAAGAAAGAGGAGAGAGGGAAGGGAAAGGAAAGUCUGGUAAGAAAACAAAGGAUAGCAGUGAGAAAAUGAAGAAAUCGUCCAAGACUAAAGGAUCGACUGAGGAUGGUGAGGAAGAGAGGAAAGACGAAGAUGAAGGAGGACAGAAAAACAAAACAUCCUCUAAGCAGCAAAAAGGCAAGCAGGAAAGUAUAGAAGGUGACCAGGGAGAGAAUACACACCUUGAAAACUCCCAAUCUGGUGAUGUAACCAAUACUGCUGACCAAUCAGCCUCUGCCCUUGUCAUUGGACAGGGACAAAACUUGCAGGGUAUCCCAUAUCAGGGAGCUGGACUGGUUCUGGGGAAUGCUCAGCUUUCCUCGCACCAUCCCUUAUCCCUCUCUGCCACUGACAGGAAUCGCACUGCCAACCUCUCGUUGCUUGGUUCAGCAGGCUCACAGCUGACUGGCAGCAGCCUUUCUCUUCAAGGAGGGAAUUUUUUGCUCAGCUCCAUGGCUCCAGGAUCUAAUGCACUGUUCCCUAGUGGUCCAGCUGCUUCUAGCAUAGCCAUCAGUGGGCCCAACAUGGCACCAAGGGGUGUCCCAGACAACUUCAGCAGGCAACCAGGGGUAGGCCUCACUUCUCCUGCUGCAUCUCUUCUGACUAAUACUGUACAUGCCAACCCUUUGCAAGCAAGUGCAAUACAUACCUCUCCUCUUCAUACCUCCCUACCUGUAGGAGUAACCUCAAGUUUAGCAGCAAACCCACCUGUUAAUUCUGCACCUGUGCAGUCCUUUUCACAGAGCAAGCCACCCCCUGAUAGCUCUCAUCUUGUAGCAACACUGAAAUCUGAUCCAGCCCAAGGACCGGGCCUUCAGACUGGGGAAGUUCUACAUCAGAGCCUCACUAUUCCAACCCAGGCACAUCCAAGUGUGGAUGGUUUGUCUGGGGUGACCCCUCAGGCUGGACUAGUGACUACCGUGGAGAAUCUGUCUAACAAUAACAGCCAGACAGAGACCAGGCAUGUGUAUGGUGGGCCCACAGUCAAUAUGUCAGCUGGGGGUGGUGCUUCAACUGAGGGACUUGCAGCAGGGCUGUCAGUAGGCAGCAUGCAGGCGGCAGAUGUGUCUGUAUCAGGUGUCACUGCCCCCAGCAUGUCUACACAGAGUGGAUCCUCCACAGGGGAUGCAGUUGCAGCUGCUGCACUGUUGCAGCAGGAGUACCUGUCAGAGGAAGGAGGAUCCUCCCCCAGGAGGAAGCUGAGGCUAGUGCUUCCUGAGAAGACGUCCAGCCGACCACCCACAGCACUGGAGAGGAAAAUACGCUAGCUACUCAUAUCAUAUUCGAUUAAUGACAUUGUAUUGAUCGAAGUGUUUUAAUUAAGUUAAAGUAAAUGUCAUUUUUGGGUGUUUUACAAA